GCUGACCUUGUGUGAUAGUUAGGCCCAGUUUGAAAUAUUCUCCCAACCAUGGAACAGAAAGCCGCUGGAAGGAAAAUCCUUAUAGCUGUUGACAGCAGCGAACAUUCCAAUCGGGCAUUUGAUUGGUACCUGAAAAAUAUUCAUCAAGAAGGAGAUCAUGUAUAUGUGGUAACUGUGGUUGAACUAGUUCAAAAGAUUAAUACUGGAUUACUUCCUGGGAACUACUCUGUGGAGAGGAUUACGGAAAUAGCAGAGCAAGCAAAGGCUGAAAGUACCCGUAUUGAAACGAUGUUGGCAGGCUAUGUUGAUCUUCUCCGCCCUAAAAGGAUUGCCUGUGAGGCAAGGCAGAUUAAUGAGAGUCAUGUUGGAGAUUCCAUUUGUAAAUUUGCUGAGGAGAAUGGAGCAUCAAUGAUAGUUAUGGGGACCAGAGGCCAGGGAAAACUUCGGAGGACAAUGCUUGGCAGUGUUAGCGACUUUAUUGUCCACCACUCCAAAAUUCCAUGCGUCAUUAUCCAUUAGCUGAAGUUGGAUAUACUUCCUGAUGUUGUUAAUAAUCAUGUGAUCUUGGUGUGGGUCUCCAUUUUGAUCAAAUUGAUUGCACACAAUUCAUAUCUAGUUUUGCUGACAUAAUAUUUCAGCCUUUUUUCUGGUACAGUUGUUUACACAUGCAUCACCUUUAACAUUUUUACUAUCUAUGUAAUGUUUAUGGCUUUUUUAUUACAAUGUAAUACUAUAACAAAUUUCUCUUGCUGAAAUUUUUUAUUUAGGCAAGAGGUCGUUAAACUAAUGCCCUCAAAAUUCACAUGAUUAUUUCCAGCUGUUGCAAACCAAUAGUUUAGAAAGGUCUUUAUAUGGCCCAAAUAGAUAUGCACCCAGAAUUUUUAUAUUGACAUAUACACAGUUAAUUGGGAAAAGAUGAACACCUUGAAUCAAAUAUUGGGUAAAAGUUAAUAGACCCUUUGAUUUUCUUUUUUGUUCUUAUUUUUGUUUUAUUUUGUAUGGGUGUUAACAUAAUUCUGCAAUUUUUUUCAAAUUACGCAACACCAGACCAUGCAUUAACUGUACUUAUUUGAUAACUUAGGUAUCAAGGUAUAUGAAUAUCCCUGGUUUUUGGGAUAGGACAUCUAGCUUACAUUGGAAUAUCCCUGGUUUUUGGGAUAGGACAUCUAGCUUUCAUUGGAAUAUCCCUGGUUUUUGGGAUAGGACAUCUAGCUUACAUUGGAAUAUCCCUGGUUUUUGGGGAUAGGACAUCUAGCUUACAUUGGAAUAUCUCUGGUUUUUGGGAUAGGACAUCUAGCUUACAUUGGAAUAUCCCUGGUUUUUGGGAUAGGACAUCUAGCUUACAUUGGAAUAUCCCUGGUUUUUGGGAUAGGACAUCUAGCUUACAUUGGAGUAUCCCUGGUUUUUGGGAUAGAACAUGUAGUCUGUAAGAAGAUAAACGUCUUGUAAUGGAAACACUAACUUUAUAUCACCAUUAUCUAGUGUAAUACAUAUUUUGUAACCUUAUUGUAAACUAAGAAAUACUGUUUUGUGAAAAUGGAAAAAAAGGAAAUGGUUUAAAUUUGAGACUUUAGAAAAUUUGAUUCAAGUCUGAAUGAAAAUAUAACUUGCUGGAUUUCUUAUGCUUGAAAUUGUGUUCUAUUUACUUAAAUACAUAAUGUCUUUGUGCAAUGAUAAGAUCUUGUAAAACAGUAGUCUCCAAAAAAUCCAUAAAGAACCGGUGGUUUGUUUCUGUAAUGCUAUUGUAUAUCAGAUUUCUCUAUCAGUUCAAUUCUAGCAUAAUAAAAUCAUUCCUAGAGUGAAAUAAGAAUUAUGACCAGUACAAAUGACCUUAACUCUUAUGAAAGUGCUGUUUUGUUAGUCACUGAAUUUGCAUUUAUAUACGCAAUAGUUUAACACACGCAAUGUUAAUACCUUACCAAUUGUUGGCUGUCCCUGCAGUUUGCUUGAUGCAACUCAAGCAGGUGAUUUUGUUGUUCAAUAUACAGAUAUACACUCAUUACUUUUAGUAUAUUCUGUGGUGUUAUAAAUACUGCUUAAUAUUUUAGUUAUAAUUAGCAAUUGUCUUAGUUAACUGUUAGUUUUAAAUGUAUUAUUACUAAUUUGUAGCUUUAUGUUUAUAUAUAAGCAGAUACCUCUUUGCCAUCUUUUAACAUUCCACGAGUGUUCUCUUUUGGGACUAGUCAGUGAGUGGAAUGAUACGUUCUAUUAGGUGGGGCAUAUUCUGUUUACAUGCAUGCCACAUGGUGGAGGGUUUUAGUUCUCAGUAAGCAUUGAAUUAUUUAGUUAUCCAUUGAGUAGCCUUGCGUUACGGAUUGAAUGCAGACUGCUGCUUAUUUGGGAACAUGGUUUUCAACACAUAUUUAAUAUGGAAUUGUCACAGUUGUAAAACUACAUGUGAUAAAGAAUUUUCAUUGUGGUAAUUGAAUUUGGUACCGAUUGUUAUGUAAUUCCUUAAUGUACAGGUGUAUUAGAAAACAAUAACCAAUCAUUUGACUAAAAGCUCUUUCAAGAUAAAAUUUCUAAUCAUGGAACGAAAUGAAGAUAUGUUUUAGAUUAGUCCUUCAAAUAGAGUCAGUAUGUUAAAAGUAGCUUGCUAUGCAUUUAUAAGAUUUUUUUUGUCUUUUUUGUAAUAAAGAUUCUGAGAAGUAGUAA